GAAGCAUUUUCAUGUGUUGAAGGCAACAUUUAUCUACGAAGGAAUCUAACUGCACCAGGAGGCUGUGCCAAUGGGGCAGAUUACAUCUAAACGUAAUGUACUGACCCAAGAUGUCCACUUCUCGACUAAUGAAGAAGGACCUCCCAGGUACUCGUCGCACCACUUUGACAGCGCUUUACAUCGGAAUAGUGACCUUCAAGUUCCUCCAACCAUUGUUGUCCCUGAUGAGGAGUCAAGUAUCUCAGAGCGCCACGGCUCGAGGACAGAGCUGCGUAGAUCCUCUGUAUAUAGCACUAUGGACCUGGCACCUCAGCUGGAACAUUACGCUAAUUCCCUUCCACAUCAGAUGAUAAGAAGCAGGCCGUCUCUUGAAACCCUCCGCAAGACAGUUGAAGUGGUGGAUAUGGGAACUAAUGGAACAGCCACCUCCUCAGACUCAAGCAGUCAACCAGCACCAGAUCUUAGAAAUGAAGGAUCCCAAGAUCCUCCAGAGAAAGCUCCGGUUAGAUUUGGUUGGAUCAUUGGAGUCAUGGUUCGUUGUAUGCUCAAUAUUUGGGGGGUCAUCUUGUUCAUCCGGCUGUCAUGGAUCACCUCUCAGGCAGGCAUUAUAUUGACGUGUGUCAUAAUUUUAAUGUCUGUGGUGGUGACAUCUGUGACUGCGUUAUCCAUUUCUGCCAUUGCUACCAACGGGAGGGUGGUCUCAGGUGGUGCAUAUUUUAUGAUCUCCAGAACUCUUGGUCCUGAAAUUGGAGGACCGAUUGGGAUGGUUUUCUCUUUUGCUAAUGCACUGGCGUGUGCACUCAAUACAGUUGGCUUUGCAGAGGUUGUUCGAGAUCUAAUGCUGGAGUUCAAUGUCAUCAUGGUUGAUUCAGUCAACGAUGUUCGUAUUGUGGGUGUGAUCACUAUAACCAUUCUUCUGCUCAUCUCAUUGGCUGGAAUGGAGUGGGAGACCAAGACCCAGAUUUUGUUCUUUCUUGUUCUUUUGAUCUCCUUUGCAAACUACUUUGUGGGUACACUAAUCCCCUCGAACAAUGAUAAACAAGCUGUUGGCGUCUUUGGAUACAGAGGUGAUAUAUUUGUAGAAAACCUAAUGCCAAACUGGAGAGGAUCCCAAGGAAGUUUUUUCCAAAUGUUUGCCAUUUUCUUUCCUGCUAAUAUCGGCAUUCUAUCUGGAGCCAACAUAUCUGGAGAUCUUAAAGACCCUGCUACUGCUAUACCCAAAGGCACCCUGAUGGCCAUUUUCUGGACAACACUCAGCUACUUGGGGAUAGCAGUAACUGUUGGAGCAUGUGUAGUACGGGAUGCUUCUGGGAAUACAAGUGACAUCCUGACUGGUAACAACACUGAUGGUUGUGUGGGACUGGCAUGUAAUAUGGGCUGGAACUUCACAAACUGCAUCCAGUCCCAGUCCUGUGAAUAUGGGCUCGCCAACAGUGUGAAGGUACUGGGGCAAGUUUCUGGUUUCUACUACCUCAUCACAGCUGGAGUCUUUGCAGCCAGCUUGUCCUCUGCUCUUGGAUUCCUAAUCUCUGCACCAAAGGUUUUUCAGUGUCUGUGCAAGGACAAAAUAUACCCAUACAUUAUAUUCUUCGCAAAAGGGUAUGGGAAAAAUAAAGAGCCCCUCAGAGCAUAUAUUCUCUGCUACCUCAUUGCUGUGGCCUUCAUUCUCAUUGCGGAGUUGAACACCAUUGCAGCACUAAUCUCCAACUUCUUCUUGUGCUCCUAUUGCCUUAUAAACUUCAGUUGCUUUCAUGCUUCUAUUACAAAUUCCCCCGUUUGUUAUUUUUUCUCCAGUGACACAUUUGACUCCAACUACUGCUUGUGCAUCUUGAGGAUGAUGGAUGGACUGGAUAUCUCUUUUGAUUUAGAAUAUGAAGGAAAUCAAAGUUUUGAGCCUCAAGAAACGGUGGAAAACCAGGACGAGCAAACCAUUGAUGAAGACGGAGCCGAUGAUGUGUUUGAUGAAGGGGACAGUGAUCAGAUCAAGACAGUGUUUCAAAAUGACCAGGGCAAGAAAACCAUUGACGUCUAUUGGAUCGCAGAUGAUGGAGGUUUGACAUUGCUGGUCCCUUACCUGUUCACCAGGAGAAAAUGCUGGCACAGAUGUAAAGUCAGGGUAUUCAUUGUGGGAGAUGAGCAGAACAUGGAGGAGGGCCGCAAUGAGAUGAUUGCUCUGCUGAAAAGGUUCCGUCUGGAUGUCAGUGAUGUUAUUGUCAUGACAGAUGUUGAGAAAUGCCCUCAGUCCAAGAGCCUGAGCAGGUUUGUGGACAGUGUCGCCCCCUUCAGGCUGUAUGAUGAGCAGCAGGAAGGUGUCUCGGUGCAGGAACUGAGACAAAAUGCUCCUUGGAAAAUAUCUGACAAAGAGUUUGAAGCCUUCAAACUUAAGUCACAAAGUAAAGUGAGGCUGAAUGAAAUCAUCCGGAAGAAUUCACAACAUACUGCUCUUGUUCUUGUGAGCCUUCCAGUGCCCCAGAGUGACUGCCCCAGUGCUCUGUACAUGGCCUGGCUGGACACUUUGACCUGGGGUCUCCACUGCCCCACCGUGUUAAUACGAGGAAACCAACAAAAUGUCCUCACCUUCUAUUGCCAGUAAAUAAUCUCUGCGAAAGUUGGAGGAGUCUCACAAGAAUGGAUAACUUAAGGCACUAACUUUAAACAAAUCCUUGAAAAAUGAUAAAAAGAUGGAAAAACAUGUAGGGAA